CACAAGCAGUGUGUUUUUUAUUAAAAUCAUAACAAUGGUUUCUUGUAUAAACCCUAAAUAGUAUAGUAUUUUACGUCUAAAGUAUUAAUUGUGAUCGUGCAUGUUUGAUUUUGUAUAUAAUUCGUAAACAUAAGAAUAAAUCAAACAUGAGUAAGAAACCGAUAUCUUUCGGCAAAAUCACAUUAAACUUUCAAAAAGAAAAAAAAGACAAUGAAUCAACGUCGGGCUUCGGUACUUUCGGGCGCACUCCGAUACAGGAGCAAAAGGAAAUUGAAGAAUUAUCAGAUGACUUAGAAAGUCAGCAUGUACAAAAGGUUAUGGGUAUUAAAAACUUCGGUAAGAAGGCAAAGAACUUCGACGUGGAAGAAAUGAUGGAACGUGCGAAGAAAACCGCGCAAGAAGUUGCUAAAAAACAGGCAGAGCUGGAGCAAAAGGCUAAAGAAAAUGAUGAAGUCAUAGGUCCCUUACCACCAACCACAUCACCAGAAAGUGACAAUGAAGAGGUAAUCGGUCCUCCAAUACCAGACAGUAUAUUGAAACCACAAAAACAAAACGAUGACAGAGAUUCUGACGAUAGUUACAAUGAGCUAAGCGAUUCUGACGAUGAGGAACUUAGUUUGGAUAAACGGAUACCUAAUUCACAUGAGGUAGAAAUGUAUCACGGCACAAAAGCCGUAGUGGCACUAGCGGUGGACCCAUCAGGUGCUCGUCUGGCGACUGGCUCUGUGGAUUAUGAUGUGUCGUUUUGGGAUUUUGCUGGUAUGGACUCUUCAAUGCGUUCGUUCCGCACCCUCCAACCGUGCGAGAAUCACCCAAUACGUGCGCUACAAUAUUCAGCAACUGGGGACUCCAUUUUGGUUGUGAGUGGUGCGGCACAGGCCAAAGUGCUGGAUAGAGACGGGUUUGAGGUGCUUGAGUGUGUGAAGGGAGAUCAGUAUAUUACUGAUAUGGCUAGAACAAAAGGUCACACAGCAGCGUUAAACAGCGGUUGCUGGCACCCGCACGUCCGCGAAGAAUUCAUGACUUGCGCACAAGAUGGCACCCUCAGGUUAUGGCUCACAGAAAACCCGAAACAACACAAAGCAGUCAUAAAACCCCGACAACAGGGCGGAUUAAAAACGAACCCUACAUCCUGUGCUUUCUCCAGAGAUGGCAAUACAGUGGCCUGUGGUUGCUACGAUGGGUCCAUACAAAUGUGGGACCAUAGAAAGAACUUUGUCAACACGUCAACAUUACUCCGAAACGCACAUCAAAAACAGUCAGAAAUAUCCAGUAUAGCGUUUUCUUACUUGGGGUCCUAUCUUGCUACGAGAGGCAAUGAUGAUACAAUGAAAGUCUGGGAUUUGCGAGCGUUUAAGAAACCGCUCAAUGUAUUUGGGGGUCUAUUCUCGAGGUAUGAACAAACUGACUGCGGUUUCAGUCCAGAUGACAAUAUGGUGUUUACGGGCGAAUCAUUACAAAGGAACCAGGAUGUAGGGAGACUAAUAUUCUACAAUGUUAAAACGUUCGAAGAAGUAUCGCAUAUAGAUGUGACGAAAUCUCACGUGAUCAAGGCAAUUUGGCAUGCGAAGCUAAAUCAAUUGUUUGUUGGUUGUGGAAACGGUGUUGUGAAAUGUUAUUACGAUAGCAAGAGAAGUUUGCGCGGUGCUAAACUGUGUAUAGUGAAAACACAUAGAAAGAAACAGUCUAUAGAAGUGGUUAGCUCGCAGCAAAUCAUCACACCACAUGCCUUACCACUAUUCAAGCAAGAAAAACUACGGACAAAUAAGAAGAAAUUGGAAAAAGAUAGGUUAGAUCCGUUGAAAUCGCAUAGACCUGAUCUACCUAUAACCUCUGGUCAGGGAGGAAGGGUAGCAGCUUCUGGAAGUACUCUAAGUUCCUUUGUAAUAAGGAAUUUGGGACUUUCCAAAAGGGUCGAUGAUGAUCAGGAUCCUAGGGAAGCCAUUUUGAAGUUCGCUAAAGAUGCGGAGGAAAAUCCCUUCUGGGUUGCUCCAGCGUAUAAGAAAACGCAACCGAAACCGAUAUUUUUGGACGAUGAAGACGGGCCAUCUGAUGCUAAGAAACCGAAGUCGGAUACUUGAAUAAAUCAUUACAAACAUA